UAUCUGGAACGAUAGAAAACGAAGGCUGAGAAGGAGAGUGAACUGAAGAGUUAUGAGACGAGAAGAGCUGCCCUCCAACAGAGACUGUCUGAUGACAUCACUUACCAGGACCAGAGACAACUGCAGGGAGAGCUGGAGGAGGUGGAGGGGAAGAUCAAGAAGUGUGUCUCAGAUAUACAAGAGCGUGAGAGGUGGAUACAUGACCAGGAGAAUAGGAUUGCUGAGAUACGAGGAAGACCAGAGAGGCAGAGAAAGGAAGAGUCUGCGCAGCAUCUCUUUGAUGAGGCCAUGAAGGAUGGAUACGUUAUUCUUCGCAACAUCAACCUCCUACUCAUGGGUGCAGCUGGUAGCGGUAAAUCAGCCACAAAGAAUCUCUUGCUUGGCAAUCCACCUUCAGAAGUACGAAACAGUACUCCUUGUCGAGAUAGAAUAGCCCACGUUCGACCAGUCACCAAUCUCCUUUUUCAGGGUCGUUUCCAGGGUUCUGACAACAAAUGGGAGGAAGUAAGUGAAGAGGAUUUGGUCAACAUGUUGGCAAAGGCCAUUCAGCAUCUACCCCAGAGCUCUCGUGACAAGCUACCUAGUGACCUUCAGACCAGGCUCAAGGAAUUGUCCACUGAAGCCAGUACCAGUGCAGCAACCGAAGCUACUUCAAUCCCACCUUCUCAAGAGAGUGUUUCUCCUGUGCAGCAAGCAAUCGAAGAUGUUGUCGCGUUAGUCGUUGAAGCUAUGGUGUCAACACCGUCACAACAAGAAGCCUCAAUCUCCUCAACUGAAGGCAAAGAACUGUUUGGUACGAAAACGAUGCGUGUGACCGACAAUGGAGGACAGCCUCAGUUUCACGAUGUGGCCCCUCUCUUCAUUCGACAUGCUUCAGCAGGGCUGUUUGUUUCCAGGCUCACUGAUGAUUUUGCAGAUUAUCCCCACGACGACUUGUACAAGGAUGGAAAGCCAGUCGGUCCCUCAUCUCCAUCUCACCUUUCCUAUCUGGAAACCAAUAUGAGUUUACUGCGAUCCUUUCUCUCCUGCAAGAGGGAUGGGAAAACGCCACGCCCCAUCUUUGUGGGCACUUUCUCCGAUAAAAUCAAAGAUCAAAAAGUUAUCGACAAGAAAAACCAAGCCCUGCUUGAUGCUUUGCCUCCUGAACUGAAAGAAGAAGUCAUCUACAGCAAUCUGCCAUUGAAACAGGUGAUAUUCACCGUCAAUGCUUGCAGUCGUGAUGAAAAUGCACAAGAGGUUGCCAAAGAAAUUCGGAAAGCUGUGGAAAAUUCGCCUACAUUCGACCUCAAAGUUCCCCUGUGGUGGUUCAUCCUCGAGUUAGCUCUACAAAAGCUUUGCAAGAUCAUGAAAAGAGGUAUCCUUAGUAAGAGUGAGUGUAUCGCUUUGGCUCAACAGCUUGGAUUCCAUCCAUCUGCGUUGGAUGCUGCUCUCGACUACUUCAAUGACAUGUGCAUUGUCCACUACUACCCACACAUCCUGCCCCACACUGUGUUUGUGGAUCCUCAAGUCCCACUAGACAAAGUUAGUGAGUUAACACAACAUGCUGUCUCCCUGAGGGAUCAAAGAAAACGUCCUUCUGCCAAGGCUGCAAAAUGGCUCAAGUUCAGAGAUCAAGGUAUUUUUACUAUUGAUAUGCUCGAAUCGGAAGAGUUCCAGAAGCAUUACGAAGACGGCCUUUUCACACCUGCUGAUAUGAUAGCAAUCAUGAUGGAGCUUCUGAUAAUAGCCCCUCUCACCAUCCCACUACUUGGUCGAGUUGAUUGCUCUUUCUCUCAAGUGGAGUUUCUCAUGCCCAGUCUCCUCAGAUCUGUUCCACCCUCUGAGCUAGAGGACCAUCGUGUAUUCACUUCCUCAGCUGAUCCUCUUCUCAUCCGAUUUGUCAGUGGCUGUAUUCGAUGUGGGGUCUUCUGUUGUCUAGUGGUGUUCCUCAUGAAGAAGUGUGGGUGGAUAGUGUGUCUUCCUUCUGGAAAGCCGGUUCUUUUAGCUAGGAACUGUGUCAAGUUUCGGUUACCCGAUUCUCCUGGUAGCGUUACACUGAUUGAUUCCUUCUCUUAUAUGGAGGUCCAUGUCAAAGCCCGACCACAUGUGCUUCUGACCGUGUGUCCUCUAGUUAGAGCCAGUGUCCUUGAAGGUGUAGAUGCUGCUUCUGAUGCACUUCACUACAACAACGACAAGCCAGUCAUUAGCAUCUUCUGCCCUCACGAAGGAGCAACACAACAAGGCAAACGCCAUUUUGCUGAUAUCCACUUAUCGACAAAACUGUGGUGCUGUUCUGAAGAUUUUGAUCUAGAUGGGGAUCUCAAGACGAGUCAUACUGUUUGGUUAGGUACGGCAAUUAUUCCUGCGGAAGGUGCGUUAUCCUCUGUUACGGGAGACAUGUCUACAAAGAUGACAUUGAGUGAUCAGCAGCAACAAUCUGGUGAAGCCUCCUCAGAGGUGAACACUGAAAGAAAGAGACAUCAGCUGCAAUACUCCGGUCCAUCGUCCCCUGUAAUGGAACCUGUGUGUAGAAUGAGUGAUCAAUAUACCAUUUCUCCUCAAAUUCUUCUAUUAGGAAAACCAUCGUCUGCUACGGGAGGUACUGGUAGGAAGACUGAGAGAAAGAGUGAUCAGCAGCAAUACUCUAUCAAUCAAUGUGGGACUCUGGCCAAUGUUGUUAGUAGCACUGGAUCUGGAAUGAGUGAUCAACAGCCUUGUUUGAGUGAGCAUGGUAAUUCUGUAAUGGAAGAUGUGUGCUUGAAGACGGAAGUACAUGAUCAUGAUCAGUGCAUUACUUCUGACAAAUUGUCUCCUGCAAUGGAACAUGUGGUCAAUACAACGAGCGAUCCACAUCAAUAUACCAUAAUGGAAGAUGUGUGUAAGAAGACUGGAGUGAGGGACCAACAACUAGAUCAAGAAAUCCUUGAGAGUGACAUCAUUCUAAUCGCGGAGAAAUUUCCUCAUCUGCUGAACGUGCACAAGGCUUUGAUAAUCAACGAUCUACAACAUGUUUACGAGAAACUACAUAAAAGUGCCAGCCCUCACUGGUUCAAUCUGGGAUUGGCUCUAGGUCUAACUCAUCCUGAUCUCACCAACAUCAAUAUCAAGUGUCGUGAAGAUAAUGUGUUGUGCUUGCGUGAAAUGUUGGCCAAGCUCCUGAGUACACAACAUGUAACAUGGAGUCUCCUAUCAGACGCUCUCAGAAGGCCCACUGUGGAUCUCAUCAAUUUGGCUGAUAGCAUCACAGGAAAACCAUCGUCUGCUACGGGAGGUACUUGUACUGAGAGAAAGAGUGAUCAGCAGCAAUACUCUAACACAGCUGCUGAUGUCACUGAAGGAGAUACCUCACAAGAUGUCCUCACUUCAUAUCCACACACCAUUCCCUCAGGAGCUGGUGGACCGAGGACUGUGACCAUUGAGGAAUUGAAGGAACGUACUCAAAUGAGAUAUCCCGAUGAUGAUGAUGAUGAUGACAGCAGUGAUUCAUGGCAUUCCACUAACGAAUCAGUAGAGCACCACCCAAUAGAUGAGGUUGUAGAUACAGUGGACACUCCUAGUGAUGUCACUGAUCCAGACACUCUUAUCAAUGAACAGAGCUUCUCUCAAGCAUCACCAGUAGAGCACCACCCCACAGCUAGUGACGAGGCUACUUGUACUACAGCCCUGCAGUCUACACACAGAACAGACCAACAUACAACAGCCUCUACUGUACUGACUGAUGCUGUACCAUCUGAUGUCACUAAAGGAGAUACCUCACAAGAUGUCCUCACUUCAUAUCCACACACCAUUCCCUCAGGAGCUGAUGGACCGAGGACUGUGACCAUUGAGGAAUUGAAGGAACGUACAAAAGUGACCGACUCUCAACUUGACACUGAAAUUGAAGAGACAGACAUGAUCGUUCUGGCAGCUCACUUUGACAAUGUGGAUACCUACGCUGUACAACUGGGACUAGAUCCUAGCGAGCGAAGAGAUGUUAAAAUUACUGCCUCCAAUUAUGACACAAGGACAGCGAUAGACAAGGCCUUGAGACUAUGGAGACAGCAUAAUCCAGGAGCAGCUACUUACAGAGCUCUGGUGAAGAUGCUGUUGAGAAUGGGAAAGGAAACACUGGCCUUUAAAAUGUGUCAGACAGCAGCUACGAAACAUGUGGUGUGCAACAGGAGAAGAUCUAUUUAACUACAUUUUUGAUAAUAUGUUUUUGUUAGUUAGUUUGCAUUGAACAAUAAAUAUUUGAUACAAAUGAAUGGUUUUAGCUACUGUAUCUUGCUGCAUCAAUGUUAAAUUUUAUCGUA